CAGACGUUCCGUGGCUGAAAAAAUGCGGUUUGGCCUAACAGAUUCACUCUAAAUUCUAAAAUUAAAAGUUUUACCAUGAAAUAUCCUAAUACACAUAUAACAACUGAACUGAUUCCAAAUAUCCCAGCAACAAAACGUGCUUUAAAAUCCAGUUGGCAUCAUCAACGUGUGUUCAAAAGCAACAUGUGGCAUGACUUGUAGCAAUCAGUCAUCCAGACGUUUCUCGCAAAGAUUGUUUUCUUUUUCUAAAGAAGGGGGCCGAGAAAUGGAGAUACAGACACACCUCCGCGCUCCCGCUGCGUUUAAAAGUGACUCUAAUGCGCGUCCACGUCUCUUAACAGCAUCACCAGUCCUCUCAAUGAAUGAUUUGCAGACAUGGGGAACUGCGUUGCGAACAUGUGCGACCGGCCAAAGAAUACUAACAUUAAAUUCAGUUUACCUGCCGUCUGUUUCGUCUGGCAGUUGUCUAUGAUUAUUCUUUUUGGGGUAUUUAUGCGGUAUGAUGAGGAGUCAGAUACACACUGGGUUUACCAUAGAAAAAACAGCAAUAUCACAAGUGAUAUUGAGAAUGACUUCUACUUCAGAUAUCCAAGUUUUCAGGAUGUUCAUGUCAUGAUCUUCGUGGGUUUUGGGUUUCUCAUGACCUUCCUGAAGCGCUAUAGCUUUGGUGCUGUAGGAUUCAACUUCCUGGUCGCAGCUUUUGGCAUUCAGUGGGCUCUUCUGAUGCAAGGCUGGUUCCAUUCUCUGGACUACACUGAUGGAAAAAUCAAGAUCGGGGUAGAACAAUUGAUCAAUGCAGAUUUCUGUGUGGCGGGGUGUCUGAUCGCCUACGGUGCCGUGUUAGGAAAGGUCAGUCCUGUGCAGCUGUUGGUGAUGACGCUGUUCGGGGUCACGCUGUUCGCCGUUGAAGAGUACAUCAUCCUGAACCUCCUCCAUGCUAAAGAUGCUGGCGGCUCCAUGGUGAUCCACACUUUUGGAGCUUAUUAUGGUCUGUCCAUUUCAUGGGUUUUGUAUCGGCCUAAUUUGGAUAAAAGCAAACAUAUGAACGGGUCUGUCUACCACUCGGACGUGUUCGCCAUGAUUGGAACCCUCUUCCUGUGGAUGUUCUGGCCAAGUUUCAACUCUGCCAUUGCUGAUCAUGGAGACGGUCAGCACAGAGCUGCCAUCAACACAUACCUGGCCUUGGCCUCCACCGUCCUCACUACAGUCGCCAUGUCCAGCCUGUUUGAGAAAACAGGGAAACUAGACAUGGUUCACAUCCAGAAUUCCACGCUGGCGGGCGGAGUUGCUGUGGGAACAGCAGCUGAGUUUAUGCUGAUGCCAUACGGUUCUUUGAUUGUGGGAUUCUUCUGUGGCAUCAUUUCCACGCUGGGUUACAUUUAUUUAUCUCCGAUCUUGGAGGAGAAACUGAAGAUUCAGGACACGUGUGGCAUCCAUAACCUGCACGCUAUGCCAGGGGUCAUUGGAGGAAUUGUGGGCGCCAUCUCAGCCGCUGCCGCCACCAGCACAGUUUAUGGAGAUCUAGGGUUGGAAAAUACAUUUGACUUUACGGCAGAAUUUGCGAAGCGGGUACCCACUGUCCAGGGAGGAUACCAGGCAGCAGGACUGUGUGUGGCCUUAUGUUUUGGAAUCGGAGGCGGCAUAUUCGUUGGCCUGGUUCUGAAGCUGCCCAUCUGGGGUGAUCCUGCAGAUGAAAACUGCUUUGAUGAUGAGGUCUAUUGGGAGGUUCCUGAGGAUGAAGAAAGUGUUCCUCCCAUCCUGGCCUACAACAACCACAUGAUCCCCAACAAACAUGCAAACAUGACAGAGACCAACUUCGUGGAGCAGCAUUAACACGUGGAAUCAGAUCUGCAGUGAUGUGAAUCCGCGUCACUGGGAAAAACAUCUGCUUUCCUGCUGCUUUCCCUGAAGAUAACAACUCACUACCUGCCAAAAUGACAAAGAAGGAGCAUUUCUUUUGCUUUCCUUUAAGCAUAGACCCAUACUAUCUUAAUGAUACAGAGAAUAGUUAUUUUAUCCAAUUUGCAGAUCCAAAUCUGAUCAGAUUAAUCAGAAUGAUAAAAUGAAAAAAUAUCAAUUAUUAAAAAAAAAAGAUGAUUCUAGAUUAAAGUGACUUUCAUGUGAAUGUGUUUGUUCAGAGAAAAUGUGACCAAAAAAAAAACAAAACAAAAAACACAACCUCUAAACCUCCAAGCUGUUACAUUUUAAAGUUAAUUUUACAGGUGUUCAUUUAAGCAUUUGUUGGUCAUUAUGAUGUAAUUAUUUUGUUUUAUAAGAUUAGAAAAUGUCUGUCUUAAUAUUGUAGGUGAGAAACCGCACAUUGUAUUCUUAACAGCAAAAUUCUAUAAUCUUUUAUUUAUAGAUUUUACCCAAUAAUUUGCCUGUCCAUGUCGAUCAGCAUGCGCACAUAUCAUCUCUAAAUCAAAUAUUUAUUUUCUUAAUGCUUUAACAAACGGCAACAAUGUGCAAUAUCUGUAUGUAAAUAUUCCUACAUGUUUCUCCUGUCUCUUCUAAUGUAACAUACACAUUUAAUUUGUUUGGACCUUUCAGUGUGUUCUCUUACAAUAAAGAUUAUUAAAUAUUUCACUA